AUGCGGAGAGGUGUGCCACCUGACUCCUCAGCGCCUCAGACAUGUCAACAUCCCCGAAAUGAAGGCAUCACCGACAUCAAUACAAAUCAUGAGCAUGGCACUGUGCUCUUGUCGAGUCCGUUCACUUGGGAGCAGCAAUUUGGAGGAUCCCAGCCGUCAUUAUCCCAGGUCGGCGACCGAAGUGCCGGGAGAUUCGAAGUCGUCUUGCACGAGGGAAUCCAGUGUCUCGAGUAUGCCUUGCAGUCGCCCUUGAGAUAUCCACGGACGCGUGUGCCACUCUCCGGCAUCCUGGAUGACCCACUUUUCUUUCCCGAUUUCUUCUGCGCAGGACGAGUUUGCAUGUUCGAUGCACGAAUCCGUGUGUUCCCAGCACGGCCCGCUGCCAUGACCUCUCAGGUGCCGCUCUCCUUCGCUGUGCAGAGCGCGACUACGACGUCUGCGCCUACUGCCAAGGCAAGACGGAGGUCGGCUCAGCUGUCAUCCCUGGACCCACUUGGAAAUGGAAGAAGCUGUGCUCAACACAUUUCAUGUCCCAGAGCAUAUACUAUGUAA